UUGCUUUUGUGUUGGGGUGGUUGAGUGCUUUGCACUGGAGUUUCAAUUUCUCUCUGCAACAACAGGUGAGGUCAGCUGACGCGGGUCACAGCCUCUAUUGAUUGCCCAGGUGAAAUCAGACAGGGGCGGGAUUUCACUAUAAGCCUAGCUUAUAAGAGAGCAAAAUCUGUAACUUCAGUAAACAAGCACUGAAUCUUGACAGAAGAAGGUUGAGCCAGCUUAGGUAAGCUUGAAUUGCUUAAUUUUUGUUUUUGUGUUGGGGGUGGUUGAAUGCUUAGCACUGGAGUUUCAGUUUCUCUCUGCAACAACAGGUGAGGUCAGCUGACGCGGGUCACAGCCUCUAUUGAUUGCCCAGGUGAAAUCAGACAGGGGCGGGAUUUCACUAUAAGCCUAGCUUAUAAGAGAGCAAAAUCUGUAACUUCAGUAAACAAGCACUGAAUCUUGACAGAAGAAGGUUGAGCCAGCUUAGGUAAGCUUGAAUUGCUUAAUUUUUGUUUUUGUGUUGGGGGUGGUUGAAUGCUUAGCACUGGAGUUUCAGUUUCUCUCUGCAACAACAGGUGAGGUCAGCUGACGCGGGUCACACCCUCUAUUGAUUGCCCAAGGGAAACCAGACAGGGGCAGUUUAGCCGGGCGCAUUCCAGUGAAGUUGGAAACAGCUGUGACUCUGUCAGGUACUUAACGGCACAGACUGCGCUUGAGCGUCAGCCCACAUAGUGCGAAGACCACAUAGGGUUAAGACCUGCGAGUCUACCUGCGCGAGUCCACCGAGCAAGGACACCAAACACCGGCCACCGCUGAGGUCUGUCUGUCACAGUCUAACACACAAUGUGUCUCACACGCAUCCCAGUCAUUGUCGGCAACCGGAAAAGACGCGUAGUCCUCUGCAAACACAAUCCACUCAACCUGUCCACUCUCUCUGAAAGUGGUCCCAGCCCACACUCGGUUACCUUUGGUCUUUGGAACUGUCAGUCCGCAGUUAAUAAGACAGAAUUGUCUUGGUCCCUUACUCUUCUCUCUGUACACCACCUCACUUGGUGCAGUGAUCCGCUCCCAUGGCUUCUCCUACCACUGUUAUGCUGACGACACUCAGCUUUUCCUCUCUUUUCCACCUGACGGCACAACAGUUUCAGCUCGGAUAUCAGCUUGUCUGGCUGAUAUCUCCACAUGGAUGAAGUAACGGCACCUUCAGCUGAAUCUGUCUAAGACUGAACUCAUGGUCUUUCCAGCUUGUCCAUCUGUUCAGCCUCAGAUCAGUGUCCAACUUCACUCGAGUCUACUUGUGCCCACAAACUCAGCCAGAAACCUGGGUGUCAUGAUUGAUGACCAGCUGACCUUCAAGGUUCACGUGGCCUCAGUUUCUUGAUCUUGUCGUUAUGCCCUUUACAACAUCAGGAAGAUCAGAUCCUUCCUGACCCAACAGGCCACGCAACUUCUGGUUCAGGCUCUUGUGAUGUCACGCAUUGACUACUGCAACUCUCUUCUGGCAGGUCUCCCUGCAUGUACAGUCAAACCUCUACAGAUGAUCCAGAAUGCAGCAGCAUGUCUGGUCUUCAACCAGCCCAAAAGAGCUCAUGUCACUCCCCUGUUCAUCUCCCUUCACUGGCUUCCAGUUGCAGCCAGAAUCAAAUUCAAAACCCUCCUCCUGGCUUACAAAACAUUUACAAGAACGGCCCCAGCCUACCUGGAUUCCCUGAUCCAGGUCUACUCCCCUUCAUGCCCCAAUUCUACUGCAACUUGAUGGCAACACCUUUGACCAAUCGCACUUGAAGCACUUUUUGCACUUACUACAGGUUUUUCCUUAUGUCUGAAUUCUUGCUUUUGUUGUACGUCGCUUUGGACAAAAGCGUCUGCUAAAUGAAUUUGUAGACAUUUUGCUUCACCCUUUGACAUCCAAAAUAGGAACUGAAAAGGAGAAACACAACCUUACCCACUCAUUUUAUACAACAUUUCUAAACUGCAUUUUUAAGGCAUAAAAGCUGCUCCUGCAUUUAAAUGAAGAGAUUUUUGAUUCCUCCUCAUCGUUUUUCCACAUGCAAUAAUAUGGAUCUGAAUCGCACCUCCCCCAAUAGAUAAGACAGGAAAAAAGAGAAGGGGAAAACUGGACAAACUGGAGUUUGUGAGUCAUAGUAACACAAAUCUGGAAACUACUACAAGAGUUUAUGUGCUUCACAAAUCUUGGACAGCUGUCAGAUUAUUACUGCUCUCGGCCUGGUGUGGCCUUGAAUAAACUUUACUUCCCUCCCUCUUUCUCUGUGGUUUCCUUUCAUCCAGCUGCACUGCAGAAUGAGUGCUCUCAUGCACUUAUAUACAAAGUCACAAAUAUGUAUUUGCAUAGAUGCAUAUGCAUUUUGAAACACAUGGCAUGCCUAACAUAUGCAUGAAGGAAUGCUAGCACAUACGUGAGUUUGAUACACUCUUACUCACUCAUUUCUUUGCAUCCUCCCUUCCUCUUUUUGUCACACUCUCAAUGACUCACCCAAGAUGCUCAUAAGCGCCAAAGAACUCUAUUUGUUCCUUGUUUAUAUGCAUUCAUAUUCUAAUUUUAUGUUCUAAACCAUUAGCAGAACGAGAGGGUCACACAUCAGAGGUCAGUGAAAUGUGUCGACUGAGAGACAUUUUCUCUGUGGGAUGUCAUGUCCAUUUCUAGAGCAAAGACAUUUCACAGGAAGACAUAAAAGGAGCAAGAGCUAGAAGUUACAAGUGGGACCCUAGAGCGUCAUCUAUACGACCAUUUCUCACAGGGAGACAAAUAACUAGUUUUGUUUAAAGAAGUAAAAGUGCUUAUCAAAAGAGAAACAUGAGCACGCAAAUAGACUUUUAAAUAAGUGUAUGAUGUAAAUGUCAAUUCCUUGUUUAAGAACUUGUAAAGACACAUGCACACGAGUCUGAGGAAAAGUAAGAUGAAUGUUAGCAUACCACAUUUUUUUAACCAGAAAUUUUAGAGCAAAAAACAUGAAUCAAGUGUUACAGAAGCACAAAAGAAGCAGACUACUCAGCCACAGCACCUAUGUGUGCAUGCUAAUAUUUACUAUUUAACUCUAAAUGCAAAGUAAAGCCGACAUGUAAAUUAGCAGGGAGUUCUUCAUACAGUAAAAUGCAAUGUUGGAAAAAUUGACAUUGUGAUCUGGUGUCUAAAGAUGAAAUGUCAAAUUAUUUUCUUAUUCAUAAAAGUGUAUCCUCUUGGAUUAUUCAACAGUUGUGACGACAUUUUACUUAAAGCCCAAACUGGAAAUUACACGGUGACACUAGAGGAAAUAUCUGAGAAUCACCAAAAUCACUGAAUAUCAUCCUCUGGUGGUCAUUGAUGUUCACACCAAAUGUCAUGGCAAUCCAUCUGAGCUGCAGGUAAUGGUCGAUUAAUCCGUCAGUUGCUGUUUUCUUGAUUCAUCGAUUAUUUGCUUAGUCUACAAAGUGUCAGAAUAUUGGGAAAAAUAUCAAUCAGUGUUUCCAAAACACCAAGAAUCUAUAAGUUCUUGUAUAAGCAUCUAUAUGUUAAGAAGAAUGUAUAAGUUUGUCAAGAUGUGUCAGUCAGGACCAGAUUGGCACACCAAAAGACCAACAUUUUCAUCUGUAGAGUGUAACGUGGCUACAAAAUCAAUAACAUCUUUUUUGUAUGGAUCAAGUUUCAUUAAAUACUGUAGCUGUAAAGCUGUGUCUAUAAUAUCAGCACAUCAUUCCAUUCCUCCUGUGCAGUUUGCUUUCCUAAAAAACAGACACCGCCUUAAUCCAGUCACUAGGGGGCAUGAGUCUCAAAACAAACAAACUGACUAAGAGGUGACUUUCUGCAGGCUUUGUAUUGUUACAGUGAGUUUAUGUGCAUUGAGUUUACUUAGCUCUCUGUGAGGGUUUAAUUCAUGUCUGUUGUGAAGGUUCUUUGUUUGAACAGGCAGCAGACGGUGAAGCAGGAAGUGACUUUUAUGACAGAUGUGUCUGAUUGUUUUGUGGGUUUGGCAGGACCCUCGUGAACACAAAGUCCAAGUUGAAGACCAAAGAUGAAACCAACAAAAUUACUGACUAAAAUGUGUUUUUGCAGAGAGGCUUUUAGGGCAUUUAGAAAUGUAUGUGUUUCUAUGUUUUGUUCUAUAUGUAGUAUUUUUUUCUCAACUUAUGCUUGUGUUUUGAACUGUUUGUGUUCUGCAUUAAGUAUUAGAUGACAAAGUUUAUCAUGAGCACAUUAUUAUAUGAAAUCGAUGCUGACAUCAUUUAAAACUUGUUCACUCUUAGUCUUGAAUUACUGUGCAGUGUCAUGCAUCCCACCCUGUCCUUUCUGAACAUCCCAGAUAGUCUGUCAGUGGUUGUGAAAUACGAUAGGUUUAUUUCUUAUCUUUGCUAAUUGUCUUCUCAUAUACCCCACCAGCUCAUCUUCUCGCCACCCCUCCUCUCUGCCUUGUCGCAUGUACGUGUCUCUCUUAGCACAUUCCUGUCUUGAUGUGUCAUAUAGCAGCUUCACUCAAACCAAAGCAUCACUGGCCUCUUGGGAGACUUAAGGUCAGCAGACUAGAUUGUUAAAUUACCCUCUUACUUUCCUCAUGCAGACAAGUCUUCAACUUUAACCAUGUCUAAGCUCUCAAAAGUGCUCUGUUUAUCAGCGGUUGUUUGUGAGAGAACCGAAGUUAAUGAAACAGCAAAACCUGGUUGCCUUGUACAUAUAUGGCUGCCUCCAAGUUUAGCACAAGAGCUCCAUUGUGGAGAAUCACGUCACUCUUUGAGACCAGCCAAGUAAAACAUGCAUUUUUUGAUUGGUCCAAAGCCUGUUGGACUUUCCACAACAUGUGCCUCAUCUGCUCGUUCACAUUUAGUUUGCACGUAACAGUGUAUCAAGGGCUUUGUAUCUUUUCACAAGCUGGUAAAAAAUUUUUUUUUUCAUGAACACGUAAAACCUGAAAAUAAAGAGAACAGAGGAGUCCUGAAAAUGUAAGUUGAGACAGUGAAGAGGGAUACUCUGGUUAAGCUUGGGAACAGUCAAUUAAAAGCUCACAAAACAUCAUUAGUCAUAAAUCUGUCAAAUCUAACAAGUGAAUCAUGAUUUCCACAGUGAGAUGAUAGAUGAAGCCUGUGUUUUAAAUAAGACAAAAUGAUGAGGCCUAAUUAAAAGUGUGAUUUGAUCCUAAACCCAUGUGAAACCACAAAAACACAAAUACAGACAUAUUUAGCUUAUCUAUCUAUCUAUCUAUCUAUCUAUCUAUCUAUCUAUCUGUCUGUCUGUCUGUCUGUCUGUCUGUCUGUCUGUCUGUCUGUCUGUCUGUCUGUCUGUCUGUCUGUCUGUCUGUCUGUCUGUCUAUCUAUCUAAGUUUUUUAUCAGUGUUUCUGCAGGUGGGGAAAGCUGUUCUAGACUGAGGUGGGGUCUGUAGUAAAACAAAGAGACAAACUAUUUGCUUUUCACCACACUGAUAUGAAAGGAAUGCAUAUCAACAGUCACUGUGUGUGUAUAGGAUAGUUUGGUCCAUCGAUCAUACCUGAUAAUGGAAACCUCCUGCACAAUGCUUCAUAUAACUGUGCAAUCUGCUCAUUUUAAAUAUAGGCUUAAGUGAUGGAUGGAAAUCUACCCCACCUUUUGCUUUUCAGUAAUUUUUCCUGAUGUAUCUUGUAUGCAAAGAUUCUCGGAAACUUUAAUCUGAGUGGAACAUAUUCAUUGGGUAACUCUGUUACUCCCACAGCUAUGAGACAUACAGAGUCACAGCCCAGCAACAGCUAAGGACAUCACACUCACUGGCCAACCACAGUUUCAUCUGCAAUAUGUCAUGUCUAUGAGAAGUGCUGUAAAGCAUAAGAGAAGCUCAUAAAAUGAUAUGAUUGUUUAUUAUACCCAAGGUUUGACUCUACAUUCUGGUGCUGUGUGUGCAUGUUUUUGGACAACACAAUGAGGCGUGUGCAUCCAUAACUUCAAAGCACGUUAGAGUCUAAUGGUGGUAAUAUAAGCAGAAGGUAUUUGUACCUGGGAAAUGUGAAAAAUGCAAGUUCAUGCAUGUCUGAAGGCAGAUAAAAUCUUCAGUUUUCCCAUAUUUUUGCAGUAGUUUUACAGCGACUACCAAAUGGAUUUUUAUGCAGUUCCUGUGCUUUUACUGAGCUGUAAAUGUGUAACAUGAUGCAAUUUUCUUCCCUGACAUUCCCUCAUCUCUCCCCCUCUUUCUCCCCCCUCAUCCUUCACUCCCCCACUGAGGACACCAGCCAAUCGCACCUCAGCAGGGUCCCUCCCCUGCUCUGAUAAAUACCACUGAGGACCAGGGAGGGUCUAUCUGCCUGACUCUCCUUCCCUCCGCAGAGUCUCUCCUCUCGCACCACCUCAGCGCUACAGACCCCCUCUGUGACCAUGUCCGUCAGAGCCUUGAAGACCACCACCUACUCCAAUGUGUCGACCUCCAGGGGCCCAAACCAGGGCUUCAGCAGUCGCUCCUUCUCUGGCUAUGGAGGCCGAGGUGUAGGGAGUGGCAGGCAGAGCUACGCUGUCCGCAGCUCCUAUGGAGGUGUGGGCAGCAGUGGUGCUGCUGUGGGUGCAGGGGGUUUUAAGGUAGCCGCUGGGUUUGUUGCUGGCGGAUCUGGACAAAGAGGAGGUGGACUGGAGUUUGGCUAUGUAGGCUAUGGUGGAGGGAUGGGAGGUGGCAUGGCCAAUGAAGUGGCUCAUGCCCCCAUCACAGCAGUGACCGUGAACAAGAGCCUGCUGGCCCCCUUGAACCUGGAGAUUGACCCCACCAUCCAGGCCAUCCGUACCCAGGAAAAGGAGCAGAUCAAGACCCUGAACAACCGCUUCGCCUCCUUCAUUGACAAGGUGCGCUUCCUGGAACAGCAAAACAAAAUGCUUGAGACCAAGUGGAAACUUGUGCAGGAACAGACCACAUCUCGCUCUAACAUCGAUGCCAUGUUCGAAGCCUACAUUGCCAACCUACGUAAGCAGCUGGACAACUUGGGCCAUGAAAAAGUCAAACUGGAAUCUGACCUGAAUCACAUGACAGGCCUGGUUGAAGAUUUCAAAGCUAAGUACGAGGAUGAGAUCAACAAGCGCAAUGAGUGUGAGAACAACUUUGUCCUCUUAAAGAAGGACACAGACGCAGCCUACAUGACCAAAGUGGAACUGGAGGCCAAAGUAGACGGGUUGUCUGAUGAGAUUGAGUUCCUGAGGCAGAUCUAUGAUGCAGAAAUCAGUGAGCUGCAGAGCCAGAUCAAGGACAUAUCUGUUGUGGUGGAGAUGGACAACAGUCGUAAUCUUGACAUGGAUGCCAUUGUUGCUGAAGUGCGUGCCCAGUAUGAGGACAUCGCCAACAGAAGCAGAGCAGAGGCGGAAUCAUGGUACCAGACCAAGUACGCAGAGAUGCAGCAGUCAGCAGGCAAAUAUGGUGACGACCUGAAAUCAACCAAAGCUGAGAUCGCUGACAUGAACCGCAGAAUAAUGAGGCUCCAGUCUGAAAUCGAAAUGGUUAAAGCUCAGCGAAACAGUUUGGAGGCUCAGAUUGCAGAGGCUGAGGAACGCGGUGAACUUGCAGUGAAGGAUGCUAAACUCCGCAUCAGAGACUUGGAGGAAGCUCUUCAGAGAGCCAAGCAGGACAUGGCACUGCAAGUCCGCCAAUACCAGGAACUGAUGAACGUGAAGCUGGGCCUGGACAUUGAGAUUGCAACAUACAGGAAGCUGCUGGAAGGAGAGGAGAGCAGACUAGCAACUGGGAUCAAGACCAGUGUGUCUAAGCAGACUUCUUUGAACUACAAUGCCUACGGCCUGGAAAGUUCCCGCACUCCGUCCUAUGUCAGCAGCUCUUUUGAUGGACUCCGAUCUGGCAGCGGUUCUGCAUCUGCCUUUGAGGGAGCAGCAGUGAAGAGCACCACAGUCACCAAGACCGAAACUACGGUGAUCAAGACCGAGGAGAAGAAAGAGGAGGAGAAGAAGGCGGAGGAGGAGAAGAAGAAGAAGGAGAAGCAGCAGGAAGUAGCCGAGGAGGUGGCUGCUGAGGAGAAGAAGGAGCAGGAGCAGGUGGAGGCUGAAGCUGUGGCUGAAGAGUGAAGUUUAAACAUCUUUUGACGGAAUUAUGAUUUUGGAGAUAAACAAAAAGCACACCCUCUCUGCCUGUUAUCCACAUCUUUAAAAGUUACCAUAUGACAGGCGUGUUUCAGCUGUAAGAGGUGUAAACACAUUUCCAUCUUUAAGGAAGUGGUGCUGAUGGAUGUUUUGAAAACUUUUGUAGGUUAACAAGCUCUUUAGUCUGAUUCACUGCCAGUUGUUCACCUGUCUUUUCACAUGUAUUCAGCCAGCAGGUGGCGGUGUUACACCUGUUUUCACCUGCUGGAUCUGAUCUACACCUAUCCAACACCAAGCACUGCUCUCACAUCAACGCACCACACGGUGAUUCACAAUGUAAUAAAACAAAUCAUAAAAAAUGUUUUAUUUUGGAGAGAAAUAAACUACUGUAGUGCUGAACCUACUACAGCAAACUUGCAGCACUUAGACAAUUCAGAGUGAUUAAGUCACAAAAGCCCUCGUGACUUCUGCUUUAGAAAAACCUUGUUGGCAACACCUGGAGUCCUGUUCGCACAGCAAUAAACUUUCAAACAAAAA